CCUGUGUUCUCGCGGUACUGCGAUGCCGAUUAACUGCGCAGUCUGUAAUGUCGAACACGCCUACUGUUGAUCAGACACAUCAGAUAUGAAACACAUGAGAGACUGUAUGAGACACGUCUGAUGAUUUUACUGAGUGGAAUGCGGUGAAAUAUCGAGAGCAGAGAUCACAAUCAUGGUGAAGAGUGUAAAUACAGAGUUUCAGCUGAGCAACACAACAUAUGAAGAAGAAGAAACACAACACACACAAAAAGAGACAUCUGCAGAUGUCAGUAAGGAGCACCCUACAGCUCCGCCCGGGAUGAUUUGGCGGGUGACCGGCGGCCUUUUUAACGCCACAAAGGGCGUGAUGGGAGCCACGGUGGGCGGAGUCUCAUGGCUAGGGGGUAAAAGUCUUGAAAUCACCAAAUCAGCUGUGACCUCUCUCCCAUCGGUGGGCGUCGGCCUGGUGAAAGGCGGAGUUUCUGCAGUGGCAGGGGGCGUGUCCUCUGUGGGGUCAACGGUGGCCAGUAAAGUACCAUUUACAGGAAAGAGUAAAGACAAAUCAGAGUGAGGAAGAGGAGGAUGAUGUCAUUCAUGAGGACUUUCGUUUGACACAUUUCAACAAAUGUACAUCAUGUUAUUUUGUUAUGACAUUUGAUGCUGUUGGUUCUUCUUAAAUGAUCAAUGUUUUAAAGA